AUGAAGUAUGAAUACAAAGAGGGAGACAUCUUUAUUAAUCUGUUUCACUCAUCCUCAUGUCUCCUUUCUCUCUCUCCAUUAGAUUAUUCUCGUGCUAUUAAGCGUCUUCCAACCAUAAAAGCAGAUCAUGGGAUUCACUUGAGUGCUCUGGUUGAUAUGGAGGAGACUGAUACUGCUCCAGCUCGUAAGGCAGGGGAUGAGUGGCAGCUGAGAGGACCAUUGACCUACUUACCCAAACCAGAAGAGCAAGUAGUAAAGAUGGUGUCUCCUAUUAUAAUAACUCCUGGUCAUGCUGUUCGUCUCAGAGCUCGUCAAGCCUUCACUGACGCUAAGGGAAUUUAUCGUUGCACUGGUGAGGAGUGGCUGGAGGGAUAUUGGAGCUUAUCUACCUGAUGUGUAUGAGGAGGUGAGGA